ACCAGUUCUCCUCCCACCCAUGAGUUGGUACAUUCCACUCUCACCAACUCUAAUCCUCCAAAUUGUAUAUGCUUGGUGGGUCACCCGCAUACUCUCUCUCUCUCUCUCUCUCUCUCUCUCUCUCUCCACAAUACAAAUCCAUUCACCAACUCCAUCCCAUCGUCUCUCAUAUAUAUCAACCUCCCUCCAACUCCAACUCCAACAUUUGCCCAAUUCAACGCUGCUCUCCUCACUUUUCAUUCCAUCAACAUGGCUCUCUCUGAACUAGCCCUUCCAAUCUCAUCAAUAAUCAUCUUGAUCUUCCUCGCAUACAAGCUCUACCAACGGCUGAGAUUCAAGCUCCCACCCGGUCCGCGUGCAUGGCCGAUCGUCGGAAACCUCUACGACAUAAAGCCAGUGAGGUUCCGCUGCUACGCGGAGUGGGCUGAGGCCUACGGGCCCAUCAUAUCGGUGUGGACGGGGUCGACGCUAAACGUCAUCGUGUCCAGCUCAGAACUGGCAAGGGAGGUGCUGAAAGAGCAUGACCAGAAGCUGGCUGAUCGGCAUAGGAGCAGAUCAGCUGCGAAGUUCAGCAAGGACGGCCAGGAUCUCAUCUGGGCUGACUAUGGGCCCCACUAUGUUAAGGUGAGGAAGGUGUGCACUCUGGAGCUUUUCUCUCCCAAGAGGAUCGAGGCUCUCAGACCCAUUAGGGAAGAUGAGGUCACUGCCAUGGUUGAGUCCAUUUUCAAGCACUGCACCAAUCCUGAAAACAAUGGGAAAAGUUUGUUAGUGAAGAAGUAUUUGGGAGCAGUGGCUUUCAACAACAUAACAAGGCUAGCAUUUGGGAAACGUUUUGUUAACUCAGAGGACGUAAUAGAUGAGCAAGGGCUAGAGUUCAAGGCCAUUGUAGCCAAUGGACUCAAGCUUGGUGCAUCGCUUGCCAUGGCCGAGCACAUUCCCUGGUUGCGAUGGAUGUUCCCGCUCGAGGAAGAGGCAUUUGCCAAGCACGGGGCACGAAGGGACCGGCUCACUAGGGCAAUCAUGGAGGAGCACACACAGGCACGAAACGAGAGUGGUGGUGCCAAGCAACAUUUUGUAGAUGCAUUGCUCACAUUGCAGGACAAGUAUGACCUUAGCGAGGACACUAUUAUUGGACUUCUUUGGGAUAUGAUUACUGCAGGCAUGGACACCACAGCCAUAACCGUUGAAUGGACCAUGGCCGAGCUGAUCAAGAACCCAAGAGUGCAACAAAAGGCCCAAGAGGAGCUAGACCGGGUCAUCGGGUUCGAACGGGUCAUGACCGAAACCGAUUUCUCAAACCUCCCUUACCUACAAUGUGUAGCAAAGGAAGGCAUGCGGUUGCACCCUCCAACCCCGUUGAUGCUCCCUCACCGAGCCAAUGCCAAUGUCCAGAUCGGUGGCUACGACAUCCCCAAGGGAUCCAACGUUCACGUGAACGUUUGGGCCGUAGCGCGUGAUCCGGAGGUAUGGAAAAACCCGUAUGAAUUCCGGCCCGAGAGGUUCCUUGAGGAGGACGUUGACAUGAAGGGCCAUGAUUUUAGACUACUUCCGUUUGGGGCGGGUAGGCGGGUAUGCCCGGGAGCCCAACUUGGCAUCAACUUGGUGACCUCCAUGUUGGGGCAUCUACUGCACCAUUUCAGUUGGACCCCGGCGGAAGGGGCAAAACCAGAGGAGAUUGACAUGUCGGAAAAUCCAGGACUUGUUACUUACAUGAGAACCCCAUUACAAGCCGUGCCUACUCCAAGGCUUCCAUCGCACUUGUACAAACGUGUGGCUGCAGAUAUGUGACUUUUAGUUUCUUCUUCAAGUUUUGGUUUUUGAAAAGAAAGAAAAAAAGAGUUUUAUUAUCUCUCUAUCCCUAUUGGGUCAUUAAGUCCCAUAACGAA